CCAUUUCGCACCAAUUAUAUCGCUAAAGCCCUGCAUGGAACUGGAGUAAGCAACCUGCAGUGAAUCCCCGAGUACCGGGCCAGCCACCUUAUCGUCCUCGGGACGAUUUGGCGAUGGGGAUUGGUCGUCACGGAGUCUUAGUUAGGAUAGCUUCCUAUUUAGGGACCCCAAUGUCUGGGACGGGGACCUGCUUUAUCAGCCGCAGGAUCGAAGUUGUGGGGGAAGGUGCUGAGGUAAGGGGCUUCGGUGCUAGGAAGGAGGAUGGGGUAGGGCUGAGUACGAUGUUGAGGUUGGUGUAUAUAAAGAGCAAAUGGUGAGUGUGAAAAGUCGGGAACACGAGUAAUGGCGUUGAGAGAAUUGAAUAUCAUCAUUGUUGGUGCGGGGAUUGCUGGGCUGGGAGCUGCGGUUGUGUUGUGUAGGGCGGGGCAUAACGUUACAAUUGUAGAGAAGUCACAGUUCAAACAAGAGGCUGGGUUUAUGAUCAUUCUGGGAUGGAACGCUACGAAGGUGCUGGAAUCUAUGGAUUUUGACUUCCAGAAAGGAAGAGGCUCGGAUUCUGAAUUUAUCCGGACAUUCAACGGGACAACACUUUCUAAAGGCGCAGCAAUCAAUAUCAAAACUCCAGGUCACGAGAAUUCGCAAUGUAAAACUUUCUACAGACCAGAUCUCCACAACGAGUUGAAGCGUCUAGCACUAUAUCCCCGACCUGGGGCCAAGAUCCCAAAGUUAUUGCUUGGGAAGAAAGUUGUUGGUGUUGACAUUGAAACCGCAACCAUCACGCUCGAGAACGGCGAAAUACUCAGUGGAGAUUUAAUCGUCGGCGCAGAUGGAGAGAGAUCCAUCGUCAAAGCUGCAUUUGGCGACUCAAAUCCUCUCCGCAAAGCCAAGUAUAGGAUCUUUAGAUCGCUGGUUCCUACUGAGAAUAUUCUGGGAGAUGAGAAGACAGCAGAGUUGUUAGGGGCUACGAGGGGAAACUUCUGUAUGUUUUUGCAGGGGAACAGGACUAUGUUUUGGUUCGAGGGGAGGAAUGGGCUACUUCAAGAUCUUGAGGCGGGAUAUGUUCCUGGCGAGGCUGAUGGACCGCUUGAAACACAUCCCAAGAAAGCGAAGCAGAAGAUGCUUGAAAAGUUCGCGGAUUAUCAUCCGAGUAUCGUUGAAUCUUUAAGAAAAACAGAGCACGUCUCAGAAUGGGAAGUUAACUAUUUCUCACGCCCACAUCAUUACUUGUUCAAAGGCAAAGCAUUGGUCAUCGGAGACGCUGCACAUUCGAUGUUCCCAACAACAGGUCAAGGCGGCUCGCAAACGUUCGAAGAUAUUGGUGCUCUCUCAGUCCUCUUCUCUUCAGUUUCCCCUCAAACGUCAAUCGAGCAACGAUUGAAGCUUUUCGAGAAAGUGAGGAUGGAAAGGAUUGCGUUAGUGAUGAGUAUGAGUAGGUGCAUUUUCGGGAAAGAAGAGGAAUUUGUAAGAAGUAGACCUUGGUUGUGGGGUAAUGGGAUGGAGAGUGGGGAGAAACAUACGAGGUUUCUAUUUGAUUAUGAUGUUCUUGAGGAUAGUAGAAGGGCGUUCGAGGAUGAGAUACGGGGUAUGGAGGGCGUGAAAGCAAGGCUGUAAGAUGAAUCUUGGAGGAUGAGUAGGAAC